CGCGAUGCAUGCUGGGAAACAGCAGCUUCGCUAAUCCGCCAUCUUUGCCUACAACGAGAUUUUAGGGCAAAAUAAGAAACAGUUUUAGAUGUGUUUUUCAACAGAAAAGACCGGUUUUAGCAGGUUCGUUUGAUUGGUUCUGGUCAGUUGUGGGUUCUCAGGAGACAGGUUCGGGUAAAGUCCUUAUUUUUCUGCACACAUCGGCAGCAACACACGGGAGGAGGACCCCCGAGCAGCUCACCAUGGGCCGCUCACGGAGCCGCAGCUCGUCCCGGUCGAAACACUCGAAAAGCAGCAAGCACAGCAAGAAACGGAGCCGGUCCAGGUCCCGGUCCAGAGACAGGGAGAGGUCCAAGAAACGGUCCAAGUCCCGGGAGGCUAAAAGGAACCGGCGCAGAGAGUCGAGGUCCCGGUCCAACACAGCCUCGUCCCGCAGAGAGCGAGCAGCGUCACCGCCGGAGCGGAUCGACAUGUUCGGCCGGACUCUGAGCAAAAGAACCGCCCUGGACGAGAAGCAGAGGAAGGAGGAGGAGGAACGAAGGGCAGAGAUGGAGAGACAGAGGAAGAUGAAGAAGAAAAAUCACAGCGGGAGGAACUAGAAAAAAUCCUGGAGGAGAAUAACCGCAAGAUCGCCGAAGCUCAGGCCAAACUGGCUGAGGAGCAGUUGCGUAUCGUGGAGGAGCAGAGAAAGAUCCACGAGGAGCGCAUGAAGCUGGAGCAGGACCGUCAGAGGCAGCAGAAGGAGGAGCAGAAAAUCAUCCUGGGCAGGGGCAAGUCCAGACCCAAGCUGUCCUUCUCCCUGAAGGCCACAGAAUGACUCCCCCCUCCUCCCCUCCUUCUGAAGGUGUCGCCCCUCCUCCCCCCUCCUCGUCGCCCACUGCAGAGCGCUCGCUUCGUUUUGGAAGUGCUAGAGGAGGCGGGGCCUGGAGCUCAGCGUGUGAACUGGGGAAGCUCCGCCCCCUCAGACUGCACAGACAUGUUUGUUUUGUUUUCUCUUUUAGGGACUUUUCAUGUAGUUGAUGUUCCUGACCUGUAAGUCUUAACAGUGGUCAACAUGAACCUUUCUGUAUCAGACUGGAGGUCCUGCUCCCUGUGCACAGCCUCAGACCGCUCAGGAGUCCCGCCCCCUUUGGAUCCGUCUCACAGGRCCUGUCCUCUGCAGGAACCGGGUCUGGACUCCUGAGCUGCCUGUGGUUCAGGACGGAGGACAGGUCCGGCUCAUGUGUACUGUCCUCUGUCCAAACUGUCCUGUUAUCACAGUGAUCCCUGAUUAACAGAAGUCUGAAUGAUGGACAGGUGCAGUUAGUUUGGACUUCCUGCCUGUUCUGUCCCUCAUUAAAUUAACACGCCGCUCAGAGGAGACGUCCAGGUAAGACCAGGUGGAGGUCAGAGUGUGUGUGUGUGUGUGUGUGAGAGAGAGUGUGUGAGUGUGUGUGUGUGUGUGUGUGUGUGUGUGUGUGGCUGGCAUCAGGUGGGUAUAUUAACUUUAUUUUGUGGAAUCUUAAAUUUGUCAUGUGAACUUUGACCCCGCCCCCUGUUUGUGAAGGGACUGACCGGAUCAAUAAACUCGGUAAAUGAUCG